AUGCGGCAGCCCGGCCUGCCGAUUGCACAACCCCUCGUGCACGGCCACAGGAACGCGCUCUGGGCUGCACUGGGGCUCUGCACCUCGCUGCGGCACCGGCUGCCCCGGCGUGGCAUGCCGCUGCUGAGCUUCGCGGAUAAUGCCGUGCCAUACCGGGUAACGGCUGGGCCCCGUGGCCGCCUGCCCAUCUCUGAUGGGAAGUGGGAUGCGGCGGAGCAACUGAAAAACGGGACGGGGAGCAAGUUCUUGAGCCGAGAGGAUGCCACCAGGAGGGAUGAGCUGGCAGACCCACGCCGUCGGAGCAGGGGCCACGACAUUAAUGGAGCUCUGGAACCAUCUAACAUCGACACUAGCAUCCUGGAAGAGUACAUCAGCAAGGAGGACUCACCAGAUAUCUGUUUCCCUGACAUCCCUGCUUCAGCCAGCUAUGCACACCCCCAGCCCUCCAGCUCAACCACCAUCAACGCGCCUCUUGCCAGCUCCAUCGCCAAUGUGACCAACCCCGCUUCCAGCGGUUCCCUCCACCUUCCUCCCCCGGGCAGCCAGAUUCCAAUCCGGCAUGGUCCUCUUCUGGCCAACCCAUGUGGAGCCGGCUACGGUGCUCACCUCAACUGCAAUAACAACAAUGGCAUGGUGGUGCCCAAGGGCUACCUUGGUGGCCACUGCCUAAACAACGUGGUCCCUCCAAUCAAAUCGGAGCCCAAGGCCUCCUACGCACCUGGCACUUUACCUGACUCUCCCCCGGACUCUGGAUCAGAAGCCUACUCCCCUCAGCAGGUGAAUGAUCCUCACCUCCUCCGGACCAUGACCCCCGAAAACAUGUGCCACAUGACUCCCCCUUCUCGCCUAGAGCACCCUCCUCCGCCGCCUCCACCUCCACCCCCCCACCUUCAGGGUCCCCCGCCGCCCCCCCCUCACCCGCACCAGCAGCAGCACAACCCUCACUACCCCAGCCUGCAGCGGGACAUGUACAUGAAGGCUGAGCCCCUGAUGCCGCCGUACGGCAUCGGGCAAGGCAUGGCGCCUGCCGACCUCCACCAUGCCCAGCAGUCGCAGAUGCUGCACCAGCUACUCCAGCAACACGGAGCAGACCUCCCGGUGCACCCUGCCAAGAAGCGGAAACACUCCGAGUCACCCCCCAACACCCUCAAUGCACAGAUGCUCAACGGGCUGAUAAAGCAGGAGCCAGGUAUGGGGUCCGUGCCACUCAACCCUGACAGAGUCCAAACGCCUCCCUGGCAUCAGCCGGGAGCGCUCUCACCAGGCCUGAUUCAAGAUAACGACAGCUUGAAUGGCUCCUACUUGGAUCCCAACUACCAGUCUAUAAAGUGGCAGCCGCACCAACAGAACAAGUGGGCAACUCUGUAUGACGCCAACUACAAAGAACUCCCGAUGCUCACGUACCGCGUAGAUGCUGACAAAGGGUUCAACUUCUCAGUGGGUGACGACGCCUUUGUGUGCCAGAAGAAGAAUCACUUCCAGGUCACGGUCUACAUCGGCAUGCUUGGAGAUCCCAAGUAUGUGAAGACCCCCGAGGGCCUGAAACCCUUAGAGUGCUUCUACCUGAAGCUGCACGGAGUGAAGCUAGAGGCCUUGAACCAGUCGAUCAAUAUAGAGCAGUCGCAGUCUGACCGCAGCAAACGGCCCUUCAACCCCGUGACGGUCAACCUCCCUCCAGAGCAGGUCACCAAGGUCACCGUGGGGCGGCUGCACUUCAGCGAGACCACAGCCAACAACAUGCGGAAGAAAGGCAAACCCAACCCAGACCAGAGGUAUUUCAUGCUCGUGGUAGCCUUGCAGGCGCACGCGCAGAACCAGAACUACACGCUCGCAGCCCACAUCUCUGAGCGCAUCAUCGUCAGAGCCUCCAACCCUGGCCAGUUUGAGAGUGACAGCGAUGUGCUCUGGCAGCGGGCGCAGCUCCCUGAUACUGUAUUUCACCACGGCCGGGUUGGCAUCAACACAGACCGCCCCGAUGAAGCCCUCGUGGUCCAUGGGAAUGUGAAGGUCAUGGGUUCGCUGAUGCACCCUUCAGACGUCCGAGUGAAGGAGGACAUCCAGGAGGUGGACACCACAGAGCAGCUGAAGAGGAUCUCCCGUAUGCGGCUAGUACACUACAACUACAAGCCCGAGUUCGCGGCCACGGUGGGCAUUGACAACACCUCUGAGACCGGCGUCAUUGCUCAGGAGGUAAAGGAGAUCCUCCCUGAAGCUGUGAAGGACACCGGGGACCUGGUCUUUUCCAAUGGGAAGACCCUUGAGAACUUCCUCGUGGUGAACAAGGAGCGCAUCUUCAUGGAGAACGUGGGAGCCGUGAAGGAGCUGUGCAAACUGACAGACAACCUGGAGACCCGCAUCGAUGAGCUGGAGAGGUGGAGUCACAAGCUGGCCAAGCUCAAGCGGCUGGACAGCAUGAAGUCAACCGUGAGCUCUGGGGCAUUCAGCCAAACGGGAAGCCAGUUCAGCCGUGCGGGGAGCGUGCCCCACAAAAAGAGGCCCCACAAAGUAGCCAGCAAGUCACCAUCGGUUGUCCCGGAACAGGCCUGCAUCAGCCAGCGCUUCUUGCAGGGCACCAUCAUUGCCCUGGUCAUCAUCAUGGCAUUCAGUGUGGUGUCCAUGUCCACGCUCUACGUGCUGAGCUUGCGCAGUGAGGAGGACCUUGUGGAUAUCGAUGGCUCUUUUGCUGUGCCCACUGCCUGUCUCCUGGCCCUCUUUCGGCACAGGGGUCCUGGGGUCCCGGUCGCUCUAUGUCCACGGUCGAGCCAGAACUUUGAUAAAACGCAGAUGGUGCGAUCCACAGCUGCGUCGGACAGAACCAGUGGCAGGACCCCCACGCACCACGUGACAGAGGACACGCAUGACUUACUCUUCGGCUUACCUGGUCAGAGCGUGCUAGCCUGCUUCAGCCCACCGUGUUUCUCCAUGUGCUGCUCUGCUGCUCCCACCAAUGUCUCCUCUGUUGCCCUCUCCGAGACCAGCCCCACUCAUGCCACUAACCGGACAGACCAAAGUCAGACCUCGCUCCUGCCGGUGACAAAUAUCAAAGCCAAAUCCAGGGGCAUCACCGGGAAAGCGACUUCCUACACCAAGUGGCCAAAGACGCCUGACAGGUCUCAGAGCUUCGGCAGCCCCAAUGCCAGCCCCUCCUCCCCCUUCACCCACAUCCAGGGCAAAUCCAAGUACAUCUCCAACCUCUCGCUCUCCCGCAGCAACUCCCCGCUGGGGCAGGCCCGGCAGCAGCGCAGCAUCAAGCAGCCGGUGAGCGAGUGGCCCCGCACGGAGGAUCCCGGCACGGAUGGGCCAAGCCCAGUGCUGCACUCCGUCCGGAUCGUGGAGAUCAAUAUGGCUAUCCAGUCCCAGUACUGCGCGGCCACCGACGCAUGCAGGACUGGCAACUUCACCUACCGCAUCCCUGUCAACCAGCUCACAGCCGUGAACACCAACCUGACCCUGGAGAUGAACUCCUCCUCCGCUGUGUCCGUCUCCCUUUGUGGCCUCGUCUCCAGCGACCCCUGCCAGGAUGCUGCGAGCGGGAACAGCUCCACCGAUGCCACAGACAUACAGGAAACAACGCACCGUUGGCCUCUCGUGAUGAUGUCUUUCCGGGAAUUUACCUACCACUUCAGAGUAGCACAGCCGGGCCGAGCCAACUGCAGCACUGCUCCCGAGCAGAUGGGACACCUUUUCACUGACUAUUAUUUUCAGUUUUACUGGCUCUGUGAGUGAGUCCUGGCAGCGCCAGUGCCCUCCGGUUGGAGAGAGGAGGGGGACUGGUGACACUGGGGAGACUCCUGUACCCCCUUCCUCCACUAGCCCCCAGCCCCACCUUACCCCUGUCUCCCGCGUGGGGCGUGGAGCUGGUUUGCUUGUGGCUGGUGACGCAGGCACUGAAGCACAGCACACGCAGAACAUCGGACCUAAGCCCCGGGAACACAACCAGCCCUGUGGUAUCUCCUGGGCUCACCUCGCACCGACUCCCACCAUCCCACGCCGCCCCCAACAUCUCUCUCCUUCCCUUACGGAGACGCUCGUGUCCUACCGUCACUUCGCCCUCCCCUUGCAACACUGGAUUUUGAAAGCAUUACACUGGACUGAAUGUGGACGGGUCUGCCACAUUCCCGGAGCGCGGAUGGGAGCUCCAUCCUGUACUGGCCCAGCAGUCCCAGAUGUGCCACAUCGGUUCUUCACAACACUGGAAUUGCUUAACACUGGAGCCUUUUCCAAGCGCGAAACGCUGGAGUUGAGCCUGGAAAGGAAGGCUGUGCCUGGACGUACUGGAAGUCGUACACUGGAGUUGCUGUUCCUUCUAGUUGGCCCAGGGCCAUCCCCCGCAGCCCCACUCCGCAGACACCCCCACCCCGGAGACCCCAGGACCCGCAAACGGACUGUCCUCGGCGGACAACAAGAGAAGGCGCAGCUUCAACGUUUGCCCCGUCUGUCCCCCCGCCUCGCCGUACUCUUUAACUUUCACCGGACCCAGCCCUGGAUGGAUAAACUCCAGAACCCCACUAAAGAUGCUGCUGAGGCUGUGCCCAGGCCAAACCACGCGUGGGGACACUUGCCGUCAACCCAUGGGAGAAAAAUUACCGUGAGCCACCUGCAUUAAGUGUCACGGGACCCGUUUUGGUUUGGUUUUUUUUAUAUUUGGCUGCAGCGUGUGGCCUCUCGCAGUGUGUGUGGAGCCGCCUGGUCGGCUCUGAAGUCAUCGCAGCCACCUCUGCCCAGAUGUGCAGAAGAGAGACCACUGGCAAAGCCCGGUGUGCCCUGCAGAGCAAGGCCGAGUCACUGGGGACGUUGAUGUGGCUUCACUGCACCCCCUGGCUAACGGAUCUCUGCCAGGCACUGACGAGGCUGAUCCUCUCCCACAACGGCGGGGAACGGCAGCGACUGCGGGCCCUUGCUGUCACUGUUCUCGGA